GCGGUGUGGCAAUUUUUAGACGCAUCGGGGAUCGAACAGAAAUUUCUUCACGACCUGCAUAUGUACUUAUGUCCGUUGUUUACUGAGACGUCCUAGGGCACAAUGGCUGGCGCGGACGAAACGCUCGCGGCCGCUGCUGCCAUCCUGAGAGGUCUUGCGAAAGAAACUCCUUCCUCCAGCGCUCCUCCCUUCGACUUCGAAUUCUCCCACCCUCCCGCCAAUGGCUACGACACAAAACUCGCAAAACUCCCGGGGGAAUCAAGUUCGGCAAAGGCGGCUUUUGAACAGGAGUUGGAAGCUUUGGUCCGACGAGUCCGUCAUCUGGAAUUCCAAAAUGUCAGUCACCACCAGUCAACCCCCAAAUCCUCCCAGUCCUCUCUCACUCCCGGCGAGGAGGACGCUGAUUUCCUCUGGUCCUUUGGUCUCUCUCGUGUUUCGUCCCGUGACGGUUCUGACUCUUGCCUCUCACAGCAUCAAAAAACACAACAACCACCCCAUGGAUCCAGGCGAUCGGCCAUCGAACCGGAAGACCACGAAGUGGAGGAAGACAUCGAUGAUGAGGAGAGUGAUGAAGAUGAGGAACUGAACUCAAGGACACGUUUGGUACGCGAGGAGGAUAUCAGCUACCUACGGAAUCAUGUCCAGAAACAAGCGGAGGAAAUAAGUUUUCAGAAGGAUAUCAUUGCUCAGGUCCGUGACGAAUUACAACAACAGGAGGAGCAAACACGACGGGCUUUGACCAAGGUCGAAAACGAAGAUGUGGUCUUGCUGGAGCGGGAGCUACGCAAGCACCAGCAGGCCAACGAAGCGUUCCAAAAGGCUCUCCGGGAAAUCGGCGGCAUCAUUACCCAGGUCGCAAAUGGUGACCUGUCCAUGAAGGUGCAGAUUCACCCGUUGGAGAUGGACCCCGAAAUUGCCACUUUCAAGCGUACAAUCAACACCAUGAUGGAUCAACUACAAGUCUUCGGUAGCGAGGUGUCGCGAGUCGCACGAGAGGUCGGAACAGAGGGCAUACUCGGUGGUCAGGCUCAGAUCACUGGGGUGCAUGGUAUCUGGAAAGAGUUGACGGAGAACGUCAACAUAAUGGCCAAGAAUCUCACCGAUCAGGUCCGUGAAAUCGCUGCGGUCACGACAGCGGUCGCCCACGGUGACCUGAGCCAGAAGAUCGAAAGCCGGGCCCAGGGUGAAAUUUUGGAACUGCAACAGACGAUCAAUACCAUGGUGGACCAGCUAAGAACAUUUGCAACGGAGGUCACCCGCGUCGCGCGUGACGUCGGUACGGAAGGUGUGCUUGGUGGACAGGCCCAAAUCGAAGGGGUACAAGGCAUGUGGAACGAACUCACGGUGAAUGUCAACGCCAUGGCGAAUAAUCUUACGACACAAGUGCGAGAUAUCGCCACGGUUACCAAGGCUGUGGCGAAGGGUGACUUGACGCAGAAGGUUCAGGCGAACUGCAAGGGGGAGAUCGCAGAAUUGAAGAAUAUCAUCAAUUCCAUGGUUGACCAACUACGGCAGUUCGCACAAGAAGUCACCAAGAUCGCCAAGGAGGUCGGUACGGAUGGUGUCCUGGGUGGUCAAGCCACCGUCAACGAUGUGGAGGGCACAUGGAAGGAUCUAACCGAAAAUGUCAACCGUAUGGCCAACAACCUGACCACCCAGGUCAGGGAGAUCGCCGACGUGACCACCGCCGUCGCCAAGGGUGAUUUGACAAAGAAGGUGACGGCGAAUGUCCAAGGUGAAAUCCUGGAUUUGAAGAGCACGAUCAACGGCAUGGUGGACCGGCUGAAUACCUUCGCCUUCGAAGUCAGCAAGGUCGCACGUGAAGUCGGCACGGAUGGUACACUGGGCGGUCAAGCCAAGGUUGAUAAUGUGGAAGGCAAAUGGAAGGAUCUAACCGACAACGUGAACACCAUGGCCCAGAAUCUGACCUCCCAAGUGCGGAGUAUAUCAGACGUUACGCAAGCCAUUGCAAAGGGUGACCUGAGCAAGAAGAUUGAGGUCCAUGCACAAGGAGAAAUACUCACGUUGAAGGUCACCAUCAACCACAUGGUUGACCGACUGGCCAAAUUCGCAACUGAACUGAAGAAGGUGGCCCGCGAUGUCGGCGUGGAUGGCAAGAUGGGUGGUCAAGCUAACGUCGAAGGAAUCGCUGGAACAUGGAAGGAGAUUACAGAAGACGUCAAUACCAUGGCUGAAAACCUGACGUCGCAGGUGCGCGCCUUCGGUGAGAUUACGGAUGCCGCCACGGACGGCGAUUUCACCAAGCUCAUCACGGUCAACGCAUCCGGCGAAAUGGAUGAGUUGAAGCGGAAGAUCAACAAGAUGGUUUCCAACCUCCGAGACAGUAUUCAACGUAACACGGCCGCCAGGGAAGCUGCAGAAUUGGCCAACCGCACCAAAUCCGAGUUCCUUGCGAACAUGAGUCACGAGAUUCGGACGCCCAUGAACGGUAUCAUUGGGAUGACGCAGUUGACCUUGGACACUGAUGAUCUCAAGCCGUAUACUCGAGAGAUGUUGAAUGUCGUGCACAACCUGGCAAACAGCUUGCUUACCAUUAUUGAUGACAUACUCGAUAUCUCCAAGAUCGAAGCGAACCGUAUGGUGAUCGAGAGCAUCCCGUUCACCGUGAGGGGAACCGUCUUCAACGCCCUGAAAACGUUAGCCGUCAAGGCCAACGAGAAGUUCCUGAGUUUGACGUACCAGGUGGACAACACCGUUCCUGACUAUGUCAUCGGUGAUCCCUUCCGUCUGCGGCAGAUCAUCCUCAAUCUUGUCGGCAACGCCAUCAAGUUCACCGAGCACGGCGAGGUCAAGCUCACCAUCUGCAAAUCGGAUCGAGAGCAGUGCGCGGCAGAUGAGUAUGCGUUCGAAUUCUCCGUCUCCGACACAGGUAUCGGUAUUGAGGAGGACAAGCUAGACCUCAUCUUCGACACCUUCCAGCAGGCCGACGGAUCGACUACCAGGAGGUUUGGUGGAACCGGUCUUGGUCUGUCCAUCUCCAAGCGCCUAGUGAACCUGAUGGGUGGUGAUGUUUGGGUCACUUCGGAAUAUGGCCAUGGCAGUACCUUCCACUUCACCUGCGUGGUCAAACUGGCGGACCAGUCUUUGAGCGUCAUCGCCUCGCAGCUGAUGCCGUACAAGAACCACCGUGUCCUUUUCAUCGACAAGGGCGAGAAUGGUGGCCAGGCCGAGAAUGUGAUGAAGAUGCUCAAACAGAUCGACCUGGAACCCUUAGUGGUGCGGAACGAGGAUCAUGUUCCGCCGCCUGAGAUCCAGGACCCGUCCGGCAAAGAAUCCGGUCAUGCCUAUGAUGUGAUAAUCGUGGACUCGGUGGCCACUGCUCGGCUGCUGCGGACGUUCGAUGACUUCAAGUACGUUCCUAUUGUCUUGGUAUGCCCGCUGGUCUGCGUCAGUUUGAAGUCUGCCCUCGACCUCGGUAUCAGCUCCUAUAUGACCACGCCCUGUCAGCCGAUUGAUCUCGGUAAUGGUAUGCUGCCUGCUCUUGAGGGACGGUCUACACCCAUCACUACAGACCACUCCCGGUCGUUCGACAUCCUUCUGGCGGAGGACAACGACGUCAAUCAGAAGUUGGCUGUGAAGAUACUCGAGAAACACAACCACAACGUUUCUGUCGUCAGCAACGGUCUCGAGGCUGUAGAAGCCGUAAAGCAACGGCGCUACGAUGUUAUUCUGAUGGAUGUCCAGAUGCCAGUCAUGGGUGGCUUCGAAGCCACUGGCAAGAUCCGGGAGUAUGAGAGGGAAAGUGGUCUCAGCCGGACACCGAUCAUCGCGCUAACUGCACACGCCAUGUUGGGUGAUCGAGAGAAGUGUAUCCAGGCCCAGAUGGAUGAGUACCUGUCGAAACCUCUGAAGCAGAACCAGAUGAUGCAGACCAUCCUCAAAUGUGCUACGUUAGGUGGUUCCCUUUUGGAGAAGAGCAAGGAGUCGCGCAUCUCAAGUAGUGGUGAAAUGCACCCGGUCCAUCACAGUGGGCCUGAUGGCAAGAGCCAACAGCGCCCGGGUUUGGAACCUCGAUCCGUGACCGCAACCAGUACCAUUAAUCGUGGUGGUGGCCUCGCAAGCCCAAAUGACCGAGCGGAUGAGCUUGCCGUCGAAAGGGCACUGCUGCGGUCCAACAGCUCGUGAGAUGCUCUCAAGAUAUCCUUUCGCUUGUUUUCCUUUCAUC